GGGGCCGCCGUCAAGCGUCGCAGCGACUGUCGCGAAGAGGUCGGGGGCAAUGUCGUGAGGCGCGGCCAGGCCCGGCUCGGCUCCCUCACGUCUAUGCCCUCAGCCCUGGCGGCCGCCUGCUCCAGGUGGGGCCCGGGCCGGGCUCUCGGCUUCUCUUUUUCCCUUUCCUUCUACUAUGGCCCGGAAAACAGUUAGCAGGAAGCGGAAAGCGGCGGCGGCGACCGCCGCGGGGCCCGGGGGGCUCCAUGGGGAGCAGUAUGGGUGGGAUCACUCUGUUCACAAAAGGAAAAGGCUCCCCCCGGUGAAGCGGUCCCUGGUGUACUACCUGAAAGGUAGAGAGGUGCGGAUGCAGAAUGAGUCCAGCUACCACCGCCUGUUGCAUGGAUAUGCAGCCCAGCAGCUUCCCAGCCUCCUCAAGGAGAGAGAGUUUCACCUUGGAACCCUUAAUAAAGUGUUUGCCUCCCAGUGGCUGAACCACCGACAAGUGGUGUGCGGGACAAAAUGCAACACAUUAUUUGUGGUAGACGUCCAGACUGGUCAAAUUACCAAGAUUCCUAUUCUGAAAGACCGUGAACCUGGCAUGGUGAACCAGCAGGGCUGUGGUAUUCACGCCAUUGAGCUCAACCCCUCAAGGACCCUUCUGGCCACAGGUGGAGACAACCCCAACAGUCUUGCAAUUUAUCGUCUGCCUACACUUGAUCCUGUCUGUGUGGGAGAUGAUGGACAUAAGGACUGGAUAUUUUCAAUUGCAUGGAUCAGUGAUACUAUGGCUGUUUCUGGUUCUCGGGAUGGUUCAAUGGGUCUCUGGGAAGUCACAGAGGAUGUGCUGUCUAAAAGCGAUGCCAGGCACAACAUGUCUCAAGUUCCUGUCUAUGCCCACAUAACACACACGGCUCUGAAGGAUAUCCCCAAGGAGAACACCAAUCCCGACAAUUGCAAAGUCCGAGCACUGGCUUUCAACAAUAAAAACAAGGAGCUGGGAGCUGUGUCCCUAGAUGGGUAUUUUCAUCUUUGGAAAGCAGAGCACACGCUAUCAAAGUUACUCUCCACAAAGUUGCCGUACUGCAGGGAGAACGUGUGUUUGGCUUAUGGUCAAGAGUGGUCAGUGUAUGCCGUAGGAUCGCAGGCGCACGUCUCCUUUCUGGAUCCAAGGCAGCCGUCUCACAAUGUUAAAUCCGUCUGUUCCAAAGAACGAGGCAGUGGUAUUCGAUCAGUGAGUUUCUACGAACACAUCAUCACAGUGGGAACAGGGCACGGCUCCUUACUGUUCUAUGAUAUCAGGGCCCAGAGGUUCCUGGAUGAAAAGCCCCCGCGUGCCUGCUAUGGACAGAAGCAGAAAUUAGGAGGAAGUGAAAUUUUGAAGUUGACUACGGGGAAAGGUUGGCUGAAUCAUGAUGAAACCUGGAGGAAUUAUUUUUCUGAAAUUAAUUUCUUCCCAAAUGCUGUUUACACCCACUGCUACGACUCGUCUGGAACAAAACUCUUUGUGGCAGGAGGCCCCCUUCCAUCAGGACUUCAUGGGAAUUACGCUGGUCUCUGGAGCUAAUGAUAACUCUUUACAAAUGCUGAUCUUUACACAGAUUUCCACUUUCAAUUUUUCUUUUUUUUUUUUUUUUGUAACAAUGAAAUUGCGUGAUGCCACUGAGUUAUGAUUUAAACACAAGUUAUUUUUGGCAGAGUUUUCUGUUGGUCUCCAACAGUUUUGUACAUCCUUUUGAACCAGUUUUUGCUUUUACCUCCCCGAUCCUUUAUAUGAAGGGUUUUUGAAAUCCCUUCUUAUUAUAUUUGCUCCAAAUGACUUUUCCCUUGCAUUUAUGCUAUCUUGGCCAUGUGCCCCCUCCCCUACUUUGCUGUGAGGUAGGAUUCCUUUCUACUAGAGUGGUUGUUCCUGGGCUUUCUGUGAAAGUCUAGGGGCUGCGUGUGUGCAGGUACUUUGUGUCAGUUACAUUACCUGGAGCGAGGACUACUUGUAAUUAAAAAAUAUUAAAAAUAUUUAUAAGAGAUAAGCUACUACUUUAUCUGCAGAGCCUGGCCCUGGCCUGGGUUGAUCUUAUUUUUUAAAAGUACAAGUCUAAUGACACUGUUUAUAUGUAGAGGAAUACAGUAAUUUUAAGCUGUACUCAUCAGAGCCCCGGGACAGAUUCCCAAGGGUAUUGGCCAUCAAGCCCAAACUGCAGAAGCACAGGAGUUCUCAGAAGUGCGUUUGCAUUUGAAUGGUAGUUUUCAGCAGUGCCAGGAGAAAAAAAAAUAAAAAAAUCUUUUGUUCCUUUUCUGCCUGUCCCAGGUAUGAGCUUGUGCAGCUGGAGUUUGAGUAGGUUGUCCUGCAGCAUGGCAGGGUGACGUUACACGGAGGGCCUGCAGAGGUGAUGAAAAGAAACGGGGGCUAAGGAUGGAAGCUUUUUUACUUGUCAUUAAAAAAUGAACUGUAUCUAACCAUUCUGCAGGCGAGACAAGGUUCCCGGGUAUGCUGCUGUGGUUGCUCAUGGGUUCUUUGUAGACUGCCUAAAACCCAGGAUCUCUUUUGUCUCAGUUUGUGGAAACUUGCCCCCCCCCCCCUUUUUUUUUUUAAUCUGUUCAGGUUGUUAGUCAUCUCCUUUCAUAAGCCAAUGGUAUAAAGAAACUAUUUUUUUUUCUUUUUUCUUUAAGGUUAAAGAGUUUGUCUCAGACUUGUCUAAUGCAGGCUAAAAGAUUACCACAUAGCAAGAUAACUUGCUGUUACCUUGUGUUGCAUUAGCAUCCGCCCUCAUCUAGCUUGCUGUAGGAGAUGCUCAGUCUUUCCCUGGAGCCCCCUGCUGCUUUUUCCAUUUGAACUCCCUUGAACUUCCUGUGGGACUGUGGCUGGGGAGGAUAGGUCUGAUGCCGUUCGGGUCCACCUGUGAAGCGUGUGCAUUCCAGUGUACCGGUCUUCUCUACCACUUGGCUAAAAUGCAGAGCUCUGGGAUGCUCCUCCUGUUUUUUUGGCAGCGCCAGGAACUCUUGCCUUGUUACUGAUGCAUCUGUCCUCUGCUGGGAUGAAUGCCUGCCCCCUGCCCUCAUCACCUCUGGAGCAGCGUGCACCUGGACCUUGCUGCUUUGGUGCCAAACGAGCACUUGGUUGAAGCUGAGGAGAAAAGACAAGGCUGGGACGUGCUUUGUUCUCCUGUCUCUGCUGGAGAUGACAGCACUGCAGGAGAGUAGCUCUGGUCGCUGAAGCUGUUCCUGGCAGGCUGACCAGAGCUAGUCUGGCGGUGUCCUUAUGGUCUCCCUUGUCUUUGUGCAUGGUGUCUUCAUCAAUGACGCCGAGCAGCGAGGUCCUGGCUUACAUGUUUGACUGAUGGAAUUACACAGUAUAACAGUCUGUUCCUGAAGCAGAGCAGACCAUGCUUUAUCUCACAUCAUGCACCUGAAGGAGAGAAAAUAACUAAUUGUAACAGACCUGCAGACCUUUUGUUCCUGCUAUUUGACCUUUCAGGAACGUGGGAUCUUAUGCUGCUAGUGAGUGUAGGAAUCUGUUCAUUUUACCCAUCUACUUCAGAGUAGACUACCUUAUUAAUCUGGGUAUUAGAUUUCCCAUACUCAUUCUCACAUGCAAUCAAACCAGUGAUGUAAUUACGGGUUCACUAAUAUCCCGCUUGCAUGUGCUGGGUAGCAACCCCUUGAUAACAGUCGGGUGUUACGUGAUGGAUGCUCCCGAGGAAGCAGAAGCUACAGAGCAGUGCUAGCUUGAGCAUGGCAGUGGGGGUGGUGCUCAGCCUCUUGCCUGAACUCCUUAUUCUUGGUAACUGCUCCAGCCUUCCCUGUUGUACAGUCAGCUCAGCCAAGGAGAAUUACUGCUGCUCUCCCCAGGUGCUUUCUGGGACUGUUGUAAAGAAGCGAGUCCACUUGUUUGGUUCCCUCAUCAGUGCUGCUGGUGUUGGUCCAAGGUGAGUAAAUUACCAAAGAAUAGUUUCAUAGGUGUUUGUUCCUAGUCUCAAUUGUUCAUUUUUCCCCAUAGAUCCAUUUUAAGAUGCAUUGCAAGAAGGCCUAAAGAGCUCACUGGAUUUAGUCUGUCCACAAAAGUUAUGUUCGCGUUGUGGGUGACUCUUGUGAUUCCCUUAGUAAGGGAGACUCCUGAAUGUCUUCAUGGGGAUAUCUUUGCUGCCUCCAUUUCAAGUCUUUGGCAGCUUUUUUAUAUCUUAAGGAAUAAGAUACUUCUGUAUCAGUCUCUCUUCUCUAGAAUUUCAUUCCCUUCCUUCACCUAAGCACUUGCUUUGUAUAUAGCUUGCAGUUGCAGAGCUACAAGAUUAAAGUUUUGAUCCGGCUAUGUUAAGUGGUGGUUUGGUGUCUUAAUUUCUGCCCCUCAGCUGAGAGGCACUAACUGACCUUGUGAAUGGAUGCCCCUCCCCUGGUGCAGCUGUUAAAUAAAGCAGGCUUGCCUAGUCUGCUUUUUGGAGGUUGCCUCCUUUGUUUGAUUGCAAGAAACCAAGAACAGAUUGGCCACGAGUCGCUGCAGUCAGCUGUGCAGCAGCAUCUUACAGCAGCCAGGUGUGAGCUCUGAGAUGGAUUUGUGGUGGCUUGAUACCCCUAUUUUCCAUAAAUCUACUUCUUCAAGGUGUUUUAAUUAGUUGAUGUUGCAAUUGCUGCUAUAACCCAGUCACUGAACCUGGAUACAGCUCAUCUGUAGGGGUGCUGUUGCAGGGCUGCAUGUGAUGAGCAGAUUCUCCAGCCAGCCCAUGCUGAGCCCUGGACAGCAACGCUCCGUGCUCUCUGGCUUGAAGUCAAGUAAGAAUUCCCCUUUGUGCACUACUGGUCACACUGCAGCCCCAACCCAUGGUGUGACCUCAAAUUAAAAUGCAUUUCUGAGUGUUGCAGUGCCUUCAGUAGCUUAUCUUAAGGUCUCUGAAGCACGGACACCAGGAAUUUGUCCAUGUUGCAGACAAGAGGGUGGAAAGAAUACUGCCAAGUCUCGUCUGAAGGGAUUUCCUGUGUGCUUUCCCCUGCAUCUGCAAGCAGUUGUUUCACUGUGGUGAGGAUGGGCAAGGGAGCACGAGGGGGAAAAAAAAGGUGAAAGCCCAGCCAAGUGGUUGGUAAUGGUCUUGGAACACCUGAGGAGCUUAAAAAUACAAAGGGGAUGCUUAUUCAUUGCUCAGGAGGUACUUGUAAAAGGGCUUAAUCAGGAAUGUUUUUAGAGGUCAAGUAGAUGUCCCUUUCAUUCUUGGUUUUUCCAUGUUAAAGGAUUUAAAUUAGGAAGUAUCUUUUUUUCUGUGAUGCUUGCUGGCUUUAUCAGAACCAUGUGGUGCUUGGCUAAUUUAAAACAGAAAUGCUUUUGACAGAAAAUAAUCUUCCCAAUUAAAAACUGAGUACCAUUUUCUAAUAGCUUUUCCCUCUUGUGACCUGCUGGGAGCAGAACAGUCAUAAGAAACUGCACACAGACCUAACACAGGGUGCCAGGGCUGGUGGAGCUGGGAAAGUGGCUGCCACUUCUGGACUGAAAAAUCACCAGGUAAAACACUUGACUCCAUACAAAUUAAUGGUUUCAGUCUAAUGGCCAGCGAGGGGUGUAUAUAAAAGCACUUGCAGCAAAUAAUGUCUCUAGUCCUAGAUGUUGAUUCUUUGACCUCAGAACAAAAAUCUAGGAGUCAACACUUGGUUUUCUUAGGAACUGCUUUUUUAGAUUCCCUUAUUAAAAGGGAAAAUUCAGGUGCUGAAUCUUAAUCUCAUUAAACUUGUACUUUUUAUUUGCCCAUUCUCCUGGUCUCCUUUCCUUUUCAAGGCCUCCCACAGUCUCAGGGUAUAUAAGUCACUGACUCAUCCAAAUAAUACCGAAAUGGACCAACCAGAGGUUAACGUGCCUUUCUCUUCUGGUACCUUGAUCUUUGUAAAGUAAUCUCACCAACUCGUCACAGUCUUAGGGCUGGGUAUGUGCAUUGUCUUUUUAAAGAUGUAUGUGUUGAAGUUGCAACAGGUUUGUACUGUUAAUUGUGACUCGUUUCAUUUGUUUUAGGAUGUGGUGUAGACACAAAUCAACGCACUGGUUUGUCUUGGGAUCGGUCUCACCCAUGACAUCUAUCAGUACUCGCUUGUUUGUUCGUGUGUACACAAAUGCUGGAUCUUCCCCAUCGCCUCUGAUGUACUUAUAUAUGAUGCAUAAACUACACAAGGUGUUUUUAAAAUGUGUGGUGACCACAACUUGUUGCCUGAGGGUAGCAUGUCCUACAGUGAACUGUUUUUAUUUUUUUAUUAUUAUUAUUUUAUUUUUUCCCAAAUCCAAAGCCAGGGAGGGGUGGGGAUCAGCACUUGCUAACACCUGCUGGCUUUUGUUCUGAAUCCAGGUUCUGAUGUUAACAACUCCUGCAAUUCCACCCAUUUAACAGCCUUUCUCAGCUCGCUGUUUUGUCAUGAGCUGUGUUGGAACAGCACCGGAUCCUGAACUAUCACAGAAGCUGUCAAGUGAAGCAGAAACAGCUCUUUUCAAAUGUUAUAGUGCAUGUUUUUAGCUGUAAGGUAAAACUGUUUAAAGUUUUUGAUGCAGCUUGCAAAUGGAACAGUGGGAAACUGCCGACAGUAGGCAAAACUACCCUGUCUGCACAUGGGGCUCAGUGUUCAGAGUUACCUUGUGAACUUUUUCCUCUGAAAAGUGAUUUUUUUUUUCUUCCCAAGACAAAGGCAUGACAUGUUUAGCUUUGUCUUCUGAAUUGGCAAAUGGUAUAUUUUGGUUUUCAAACUGCCACCUGGAGUUUGGGCCAGGUUUCUGCAUCUUCUGCAGGUAGAGGAUGGUAUGAUGGAUAGAGUGUGUCUAUUCCCAGUUGCUGAGCUUAAGUUUGUCAGAGUAUGGAAACAGGAACACUUCUUCGCUUCCUUUUACCCUAAAUGGGCUUGUAUAUCCAUAACUAACUGAAGUUAAGUACUGAAUUGAUCCAUGGGGCUACCUUUGUCUUUAGAAGCAGCAUUGCUAGUCAUCAAGCUAUUGGCAUUACUACGUUGCCAAGGAGCACUGAGGUUAGCCUAUCUCCUGUUCUAGCUGUGUGUGUUCUUGGAACCACAGUGCAUAUUUAAACUGGAGUUCUUUUUGUUCUUGUCAAGUUUCUUCAAAUCUAGUAAGGUCCCAUUUUUAUCAUGGUCACUUUGCAGAGUAGAACAGAUUGGUCUGUCUACUUUGUAAUCUUCAGCACUUUCCUCUUCUCCCAUUUCUUCCCAGUUAACUUUUAAAAAUUGUUUCAAAGCUGCUUGCCUAGUCUGAGAAAUACCAAGUCAUAAUGAAAAGAAAACCCAUGCCCCGCUGUUCUUUCACCAUAAACUUCACCUUCUGGCUGGCUGACUCAGAUGUGGAGGACUCCACUUAUGUGAAGCCUGAAAUUCUCACAUAUCUGCAUUCUUCAGUGCAUGUCAACAGAUCACGAAGCGGAGGUGCCCAGCACCGGCACCUGUUUCAGUUGGUUAAGAAUGAUCUAGUGGUGUGUUAGUCAACCAGAGAACUGGCAUCCUUGGCCAAUCAGCAAUUGAAUAAUAUCCUUGUUAUUCAGCAUCAUAGCUAAAAAUCCUUUGAGGCAAAGGCAGGAAGGUGCAUCAUUGACUUACUGCUGACUUUUAAUCCCAUUUGGAGUCUUUCUCCACACACUCUAUCAUGUGCAUUUGAUUGAUUGUGGAAAAAAUUGUUAUGCCAUGGGCUGAACUCUAGCCCUGUACUCAGAAGGCAACAGCUGUUAUUAGCUUUAGCUAGCAGAAAUACCAAGGGCUGGCUACAUGCAGAUGAGCUGACAUUUGAGCAGUGGAAGCCUUGAGGUUUUGCUUUGUGCUUUUAAGAGUGCAGAACUGGUCCCAGAACUUGUGAAACUGGUUGUUAUCCAUCUCAGGAUGAGCUGUGAAGGUGGCAUGGGGAACAACCAGUGGUCAGUCACCCUUUCCCUCAUCCGUGAAGGUUACCAGUGCACUAGUCUUUGUUUUCAUGGUUGACUACAAACACUGCUUUGCUGCCACCAGCCACCUCCAUGUGCUUCCUGCUGGGAUGGAGCCUGCAGCUUCAUCCACCUGGUCGCUCGCUCAGUGUGAGCUGUAUGUGCGGGGUGUGCCAGGCCAGCUGGGCAUUACAGCUGCAGUUGACUGCUCUGGGCUUCUCUUACAAUGCAGGUGAUAGUAGGACCAGUACAGAAAGGCACGGAUUAGAAACUUCUAACAGGCUCUGUCACUCUUGUUCAAAAUGCUUUGUCUCCAUUCUCCCUUCUUGCCACCUUCUGCCCCCUGGGACUCAAGCAAGUUCCCUGUUGUCUCAUGGCUUACCAGUUCUGCCAAGUCUAGGGGUGAGUCCUGCUGCAGUCCAAGACUUCUGCACUUGCUCAGACAACAUCUUGCUGAAUUGUUUGCUGUCUGCCUGUUCAUUUAACUCAGCCCUGGAUGUCUCCCUGAGCUGGUAUCCUCCUUUCAGCCUGAUGGGCUUUGCUCCAAACUCAUUCCUGUGCCAUGAAGGAGUUGAUUCCUGUAGUGCUGGUUAUUUCAAUUGGGUGGCUUUUUUCUUAUUUAUUCUGGGGUUCACUGCAAAUACAAAAUCUUACUGACUUCUCAGAUCUCUCCUGAAUGUGGUACAGGGGCACACCCAGGUAAAGCAUCAGAAUUUGGCGACUUGAAAGGUGCACAGAAACAAGUCUCUCCUAAACAAAUUUUUGGGAGGAAAAGCAGCUGCAUACACACAAAUGGAAAGGUAUCUCUGUGCAGAAUAGGUGAGGGAGCAGUUUAAGAAUUUAAAUUAGAAGAACAGAUUACCUUUUUUUUUUUUUUUUUUUUUUUUUUAAUUAACAGGAUGUUUGGCUGCGUUCUAAUCCACAGAAGGUUGCAAUGUUAACUGGGGGUUUCUGUUCAUCAAUACAAAAUGUGCCUCUCAACUAUAAUGCAAAAGUCAGUCUCUGUCUCACUUUGUUUGCAAUGCAAGAAGUUUAACUGAAGACUGAUUUAAUUCUUGUUUCUUGCUCUUAAGUGUUGUCAUCCAUACACCAGUCCUUGCUGGUAUUUCCCAAGCACCAUACAGCAACAUCCCUGUUUAAAAGCAAAAAGGGAAUUGCAUUGAGCAGUGGAACCUGCUGAACUUCCUUGCUUUAGAGAGACACUGGAGAGAAGAGACCAGGUUCCAUGUGUUUUAAUUACAACUUUAAACCAAUGCAGCUACUCUCUCAGAUCAGCACCACUUCCUACUUUUCUCUCUGGUAGAUGGGAAUACAAAAUCAAACCCAGCAAUACGUGAUCCAGUUGACAUGCUCAUGCGUAGAAUGUGGGAUCUUUGAAAUACAAGGACUGAGAUCUCCCAGCUGUGUGGAAAAACUCAGUAUCUGUGCAAGAGUUUGGAUCUCUGAUUACAGUUCUUCUGCCAGCUUGCUAAAUGCAAUCGAGUACUCGACUCUGCCGAAGACUGUGGUAGAAGAGCUGUGGAGGUGUAGGCUGGAACUGAUCUUUUUAGAUCACCUCUGUGUUGCUUGACUACAUGGACAACGUAACAGUGAUUUUUACAGAUUGCUUUCCAUCUGUCAGUCACAACUCUUAAUUUGCUGUUUGGGGAAAAACUGUUAAUAGAUGCAUUUCCAGAUCAAACGAAGAGCCUAACUUACCAUCUUGCAUUAACCGGGUUACUGUGUUCACAUGCCAGAAAGAUGUUGCUCUUUGAAAAAGCAUGUUAGUGUAUGUGGCGAUGACCCAUGCACUUUUUAAAUACCUAACUCUGUAUAUUCUCACCUGAGUAUCGUUAACCAUGCUGUAGUCUGACAAAUGGAUCUUUUACUACUGCCUUGUUAUAUAGAUAAUUGUAAUUAACUGCAGUUUGUUUUUCCACUACUUGAAGUUGUGUGAUCUGAAAAUUGGUGAACAAAAAGUAUUUGUGCAUCCUACUAUGGGUAUCUCUAAAUAAAAUGUAUUUGUAUAGUG